UUGUCUAGAAUUGUCAGCUCGAUGAGGUGGUUUACAGUGAUAGAUUGUGGCGGUUACUGCAGUGAUAACAAGACCUCAUCUCCCCGAUAACUUCAUCAAUCGAAAAGUGUUGCAGCAGUUAGUAUCGAAUAUUGUCGUUUAAUAGUAGGUGGUAGUUUACCAGUGGUAUAUUACGGGUCGGAGCAAAAUCGAUUCAAUUCAGUCCAGUGCCGAUACUUCCUUUAACAUGGAUUUACGGUAGCUUAGAGUAUUCUUUUGUAAGUUGAGUACGUCCGAAUCGUAGAGAAGAAAAUUGCCAAUAAACUCAAUGUAUAUGUAAUUCAUCAAAAUAUAUUAACGAAAAUCAAAUUAUUGGUAAUCAUUUCGGCAAUAAAGAAUAAAACAGUAGUAGUGGAAUUGAAUAUCUGUUUCGUACUAACGUGAUGAAAAUGGGAUUGGUCUCCAUCAACGACAGUUGGCAAUAAGCAACAAAUUUCAGUCGGCAAAUUGAAAAAGCAUGAUUAGCAUAUAGAUUUCAAUGCAACAUAGGAUGUGUGAAUUAACGCCAGGUGCAAAUCACUAAGAUUUUGUCCCCCGGAAUGGGCAUCUCUCAGCGCUUAGAGCCCGAAGAGGUUUUCAAAAUAGGUUGUAUGAUUAGCAAAGAUAGAUCAAAGGGAAUAGCAAAUGCUGCAUUCGAUGGUAGUGCUGAGGUUGGCGACGUCAAAUACCCAUCUCUGGAUUAUAAGAUAGUUAAUGAUUAUCGGAGAACAGACGAUUCUACCAUUGUUGCAGACUCUGAGGAUGACAGUGAUAUUAUUUCCGAAUACAUUGGACACUACGGACGAUGGCAAUUUCUGUGGACUUUUUUGCUGUGUUUGUUCCAGAUUCCGACCACAUUUCACUUUUUCUGCUUGGUGUUUCAGGCCGUGGAUCGCGAACAUUGGUGUGCCCGACCCGCUCAUCUGCGCGCAGUACCGUUGCAGUUGUGGCGCAACCUAACGCAGCCGGAAGGGGGUCGAUGUUCACUUGUCAACGCACCCUAUCAUCAGCUGAGCGUGUUGAACUUCACCGAUUACUUCCUCACGGUAAAUGCGUCCUCGUUAGAGCAAAUCAGUUGCAGUGGUUAUGAGUUUGACGCGAGCGUUUUUGGCUCUACCAUUAUCAGCGAAUUUGGUUUGGUUUGCGACAAGAAUCAUCUGAACAGCAUCGUAGAGAUGUGUUACCUGGUUGGGGCUGCUUUGGGCAGUGUGACAAGUGGAUGGAUAUCGGAUCAAUUUGGUCGACGGCAUACGUUCAUGGGAUUCGCAAUUGUACAAGCCAGCGCUGGCUAUUUUAUUGGUUUAGUCAGAUCCUUGGAAAUGUUUAUGGUAGCACGUAUGAUAAUCGGUAUCACCUCAAUGUCCGUUACCGUGGUGGGUUUUGUGCUGGUCGUAGAACUCGUUAGUGGCAAACCUCGUACAGUAAUUGGCAUCCUGAAUAUCCUACCUGUCGCAAUUUCCUACACAUUUACCGCGGGGAUUGCAUUCUAUACACGUGAAUGGAGACUUAUGCAGUUUAUUAUUACUACUCCCGGAGCUGUGCUGCUUCUGAUGUGGUACUGGUUACCAGAAUCACCCCGGUGGCUGCUGGCGAAGGGACGGACUGAGGAGUUGAAACGACUAAUCGAUACUGCAGCCAGAAUGAAUGGUCGGUUACUUCCACUGAACUACGAGAAGACAUUAAUAGCUCCUAGCUCUGAACCUAGUAAAGAAAUAGUGUCCAUUCUGGAUCUAUUCCGGAAGAAAUACUUCUAUACAACGUUAACAAUGCUGGUCAUAUGGUUUGCAAUCAUAGUGCUGUACUGUGGAAUAACACUUCAUCUAGGCCAUCUCGGGGGAGACAUUUAUUUGAAUACGGUCCUGGCAGGUGCCGUUGAAGCGGCUACAAUAUGCCUGAGCAUUAUCGCCGUGCUAAAGCUCGGAUUAUGGAUUAAUUUAUUCCUUUACAUGACCGUUGCCGGCAUCGCAUGCAUUGUGAUGAAUUUCGUUCCGGAUGGCAAUCUUUGGAUUAUUAUAAUGUUGGCUCUGAUAGCUAAAUGUGCUACAGGUGCCUGCAAUGCAAUCAUCUCCACUUUCACGGCAGGCUACUAUCCAACUACUAUGCGAAACCUUGGCGUUGGAGCAGGAAACUUUGCCGCCGGAAUAGCGCUAAUUAUUGUGCCUUAUAUGUGGUUACUUGAAAGCACGGGCCAAUAUUUGCCACUGACGGUGAUGGGGAUGUGUAGUUUAGCAGGAGCUGUGUCACUUCUUGCACUCAACGAUAAGCAAUCUCACGGUCAGCGAAGCGGAAAUGAAAACACGUCUAGCAUCAUCAAAACAUCUGCUAAUGAUCAAAUCGACUAGUUGUUCCGUUCUAUGAUUACUGGGAAAUAAAGAGAAACUAGCAGAUACCAUGGAACGGGGUGAAAUUGAUCAAUUUUUAUAACAAUUAAUCAAUUUUUAUAAUCCAAUUAACUAGCUUCAUGUACAUUUUUCCCGAAAUAGCAUAAUUUUAAAACAAGUACUGGUAUGUGCUCCAGUAAGCCUCUAUGGCUAUUGGUGAAAUUUCUACCGUCUACUUCAUGAAAUAAAUUCGAUUAUUCUAUAAGGUACUAUGAGGUAAAUUAGGGUGAAAUUGAUCACCAUUGAAAUCCAUACAAUCUUUUGGCAAUGUGUUUUUUGAAAAAUUGCACCGGACAUGCAAGAGUUAACUUUGACAGGUAUGUGAAUCAUGCAAAAGUUGAUUAGUAUUUUUUAUCACGAAUUUUCAGGUGAUCAAUUUCACCCCACUGAUCAAUUUCACCACAUUCCACGGUACCUUUUUAUAGUGUGAUUUAGUGUUGGAAAGCAAGAAAGCUACUCAAAUGAUUAGUCAGGUUACUAAAAUAAGGAUUUUUCUCUAAGAACUGCUUUUAAUGUAUAGUCAAACAACUAACAUGACUCUUGUUAUAGAAUAGAAUACUUUGAUUGGUGCUAAUACAUUGACCAAGAAUUGAGCGUAAUUGUCUGCUAGCUAUAAAAUAUACAGAUAUGAUA